AUGAUGAAAUCUGCUCUUCUAUCUGUUGUUGUAGCACUCGCAGCUCAGCAAGUUUCUGGUCAUGCCACAUUCCAACAGCUCUGGGUUGAUGGUUCAACCUGUGUGCGCCUGCCUUCUUCAAACUCACCGGUGACCGAUGUAUCGGGCACCGCUGUUCGAUGUAACGGGCGAGGUGGUGUGCCAGGCAAGUGCCCUGUGGUGGCGGGGCAGACGGUGACAGUAGAAAUGCAUCAGCAAAAUGGUGAUCGAUCAUGCGGCAGCGAAGCCAUCGGUGGUGCCCACUACGGACCUUUAAUGGUGUACUUAUCUAAAGUCUCGGAUGCCUCAACGGCAGAUGGCUCCUCCGGCUGGUUCAAGAUAUUCCAAGAUUCAUGGUCGCCGAAAUCGGGUGCAGGUUCUGGAGAUGAUGACAACUGGGGUACUAAAGAUUUAAACACUUGCUGUGGGAGGAUGAAUGUAAAGAUACCUUCAGAUGUUGCAGCUGGAGACUAUCUCCUCAGAGCCGAGGUCAUUGCUUUGCAUACCGCCGCUUCAAGCGGAGGAGCUCAGUUUUACAUGAGCUGCUAUCAACUCACGAUAACCGGAGGCGGUUCAGCUAGCCCAGCUUUGGUUCAAUUUCCAGGUGCAUAUAAAGCAUCGGAUCCCGGAAUCAUGGUCAAUAUUCACGCGGCUCUCAACACAUACGUCGCGCCUGGCCCAACAGUUGUCGCAGGAGGAACCACCAAAUCCGCUGGAGCUGCCUGCGUUGGGGUUGAAGCUGGAAAGUCAACAGGGCCUGCUGUCACUCAGACUGCGACGGCAUCCCCACCGACCAACACAGGUGGUGGCUCCACCCCAGGAGAUGGGGGGUGCACAGCUGUGAAAUAUCAACAAUGUGGUGGUGACACGUACACAGGUUGUACCACUUGUGAGUCGGGCACCAAAUGUUCUCCAGUUUCCCCACCCUACUACUCGCAAUGUGUCUGA